AUGAACACAACACAACAUACAGUGAAUGAGCUAAUGCAGCUCAUGAUAGUAGCUAUUAUAGAACGGACGGAAGAAGAAAUUUGUGUGAUAUGGAAAAAAGCAAUGGAGGUUAGAAUAUCGUGGAUCAACCGAGCCCGAAUGUCGGUGGAUGCUGUAAGCACUGGUGGCAUAUCCAUCAUCAAUAUAAAGACAAGUUUGAUGUACUUGUACAACCGGUCGUUCCAGCGGAAACUAAAGGAUGCAAAAUUGGCUAACCGAACGAAAUAUUCACGCGGUAGUCAGAGGCAUACCCGUAAUGUUUUCGGAACAGGAGAUCAAAUGAGAAUUAGAACAGAGGGGAUAUACUCCUCUCCACAUUAUCCGACUCAAACGCAGUGGCGGCGCACCCAUGCCUUAGUGGUCGUGAUACUGCGCAAGAUUGAAAAGUCCCAGCAGCUGUUCAAUGAACAUGAGCUGCUGGGUCUAGCAAUCAGAGUUGAAGUUCAAAAGAACUCUAGACUUAUUGGGCACUGUCACCGCUGCCAAAGGUAUGGCCAUGCGCAGUGUUACUGCACAGCACCUCCCAAAUGUUUAAAAUGUGCUUCCGACCACAUGACACAUUUAUGCCCCCUCACAGGACAAGAGGAGCGAAAGUAUGCGAACUGUGGAGGGGCGCAUCCCGCUAACAGUCCCUCUUGCAGAUUCACUCCCAGGCGAAAUCUGGAAGUCAUAGCGCAAAGACGCAGCAACUCAUACGCGGAAGCAGCCGUCUCAACAUCUUCGGUUGCCCCCACUGUUCAACCCACUAUGAACACGCAGAAUGUGGACCUAGCAACUGCGCUUAGGUCCCUUCAACAAAUAAUAAGUCCCUUGAUUAGCGAGACUCAGGCAUUGCAGGCGAUCUUUCCGCAGCAAUUGAAUGGCUAA